AUGGCCGAAGCUCCGGGAAGUCCAGGCGGAGGGAGCCACGAGAGCGGCGGCGACCAGAGCCCACGCUCGAACGUUCGGGAGCAGGAUCGGUAUCUUCCGAUAGCCAACAUUAGUCGGAUCAUGAAGAAGGCGCUUCCUGCUAAUGGCAAAAUCGCCAAGGACGCCAAAGAGACCGUGCAGGAAUGCGUUUCUGAAUUCAUCAGCUUCAUCACUAGCGAGUACGACGCCGUUUCGGCGAGUGACAAGUGCCAGAGAGAGAAGAGGAAGACAAUUAAUGGCGAUGAUUUGCUCUGGGCAAUGGCUACUUUGGGCUUUGAAGAUUAUAUCGACCCCCUUAAGGUUUACCUCACUAGAUACAGAGAGAUGGAGGGUGACACCAAGGGUUCAGGGAAGGGUGGAGAUUCAUCUUCUAAGAAAGAUGCUCAGCCAAGUUCAAAUGCUCAGAUUUCUCGCCAAGGUUCUUUCUCCCAAGGAGGGAAUUACUCAAAUUCUCAAAGCCAACAUAUGAUGGUUCCUAUGCAAGGGACAGAGUAG